UCACAUCGCAGACGAUAUGUCUAGUAGGUUCUGCCUUUACUCUUACACAGCUGUGCUCAUUCGCUAACUUGCUCAGCUCAUUCAUCGCACUCAUAUUCGUCUUGGUCACCUUCGUCGUGCAAACCGAGGCCGCGACGUAUAUCGCCCAAGAUCUCCACUUUCAAAAGCCGAUUCUUAUCUUAUAUCUGACGCACAGCUCGUGGACAUUUCUCUUCCCCCUCCAGAUCCUAUUCCUAUGGCUUCUUUCUCCCCGCCAUACUCUACGAGAGAUCUACGUCAAGCACAGACGAAUCAUCUCCUCUACGCUCGACGUUAUCGCUAUCCACAACCACGCCAAAGGCUCCCCUCCUAUGUACCUACUAAAAUCCGUCGCGGUCUUGACCGCAAUCAUGACCAUCGCCGCCAGCUCAUGGUACAUCGCCAUCAACAUCACCACGCCGAGCGACGUGACCGCGAUCUACAACUGCUCCGCAUUUUUCGCAUACGCAUUCUCGGUCGUCUUGCUGCGCGAAAAGGUCACAAAGCUAAAGUCGUUCAGCGUGAUUCUUGCAAUUAUCGGUGUCAUGGUCGUCGCCUAUGGCGAUUCACUAAUGCGGCCGCUUUCCCUGCUCCACGGUGCCUCCGUUGACGCUGCUGAUGCCGAGUCAAACAGACUGCUUGGGAACAUCAUCAUCGGAAUUGGUGCAGUCCUGUACGGUCUCUACGAGGUUGUUUAUAAACGGUACCUUUGCCCUCCCAAGUCUGUGUCUGCUCGACGCUCGGCCCUGUUCGCCAACAUCGUGGGAGCUACCGUCGGUAUUGUCUCCUUCUUCACAGUUUGGAUCCUGCUACCGAUACUAUCCUACUUUGAUCUCGAAAGCUUCGAGUUGCCGACCGGUGACGUGUUGUUUUACUUGAUAAUUUCAAUCAUCGCCAACAUGCUGUUCUCUGGCAGCUUCCUGAUCCUGAUGUCGCUGACCUCGCCCGUUCUAUCGAGCGUCGCCGCACUCCUGACCAUCUUCCUCGUCGCCAUAACCGACUGGCUUAUCUUUGGCACCCCUCUCACGCCAGGCUCCGUUCUCGGCGGGGGUAUAAUCGGCUUUGCAUUCAUCCUUCUCGCGGGGGCUAGUUGGCGAGAGAUCGGCGCGUACGACGAAGAGCCGUUGACGAUCACCGAUGAGGAGAUUGCGAGAGCGGAGGCGGACCGACAGCGGCUUUUGAGACAGAACGAUCGCUGGCUGGCGAGGGAAAAUAAUGUCGAAAGUGCUGCUGGAGAAGCUUAGGAUGGUUACCGGUUGUUUAUUUUUGUUUAGUUGUAUUAUAUAAUAAUAGAAAGGGCUUGGCUUGUUUAAGAGUGUACCUACGAUGGGUAUCCUUAUUUCACCUGUCAGACUUUUUGUAUCGUUGGUGCUUGUUGUUUUUCCUAGAACAGAACUUUGGAUAUCUGUCUAUUGCGUGGAAGGGUAGUGGAGCUGGUUGAGGGGUGCGGUUUGCCAACGUUAUGAAGUAUUUGCCUAUAUCUGUAGAAGUCACAAUAAUACAGCCGAUAGAAUCAGAC